AUGCCGAGCUACAACAAAAUCAACGUGCUGUACUUCUACAGCAAAAGCUUGAACGCCUGGUCUGUGAAAUCAAGUACCGGAGCUCCGGCCGCGCGACACAUGCACACGGCUGUUCUGCGAACCCCGCAACGAAUGCUGUAUGUCUUUGCUGGGGGGACACGUGACAUUCACAGCAGUGCUACCGGCCAGCUCUUCAGUGAUUUGUUUGGGUAUGACGUGGCGGCAGAUUCCUGGACACAACUGACGAGCCACGCAACCCCACGUGCACUCCACACGGCAGUUUGGGACACGGCCUCGGACCGGAUGAUCAUCUACGGCGGGGAGGCCGAUGACUCAUCGAAGACAAAGCUGGGGGAUGUGUUGGAAUAUGACCCUGGCUCAGACACAUGGAGCUCUCCCACCGUAACCACCGAGCCAAAUGCGCGAAGCGGGCAUGUGGCUGUGUGGGAUGUGACCUCUGCGGUAAUGCUCAUGUGUUGUGGACAUGGAGAUGUCUCAGUCUACAACCCAUUCGUAAGCUCUUCAGAACAGCAUUACAAUGACCUCUGGAGCUAUUCAAACUCUGCGGGCUGGGUGGAGUUGGUGGACUUUGGCAGCUUUACACCGCGCCGGGAGCUGGCCGCCGUGUGGGAUGCAAAUACACGCUCACUGUUGGCUUAUGGUGGUCGCUUCACCAGUGGAGAGUUGGAUUCCAUGUUCUACUAUUCAAGCACCACUGACAGCUCUUAUCAGGAAACUGUUGCGGGACCAGUUCACGAGUACCCUUACAUCAAUUACAACAACUUCUACCGCUUCCACGGCGACUUCCACAACCUCGAGCAGCACAACAUGGACGAGAAGCAGCUCUUCUACCACGACCGGCAGCAUAACAUCAACAAGCAGCUCUACUUCUGA